UUUUUGUGCACAACGUGGCGCCGUUCGUGUGUAUGUGUCUGUGUUUAUUCACGGGAAACGCGAUAAUCGACAUUAUACGAACGAGAAUAGCGAUAAAAUGACGCUCGAUGAAGCUUUUAUCACACUCCAAUAUUAGUCAAAAAAAUACCAAAGGAAAUGCCAUACACCCUAAAAUACCAAAAAAGAUUCAUGAGUUGAUAAAAAGUGUUCGUAAGCAAAAUUCUUCCACCAAAAAUCGUAUAAAUACCGCAGAAAUCGUCGUUUCCACUCAGAAGUGGUUCUAGCUUCAAGUCUCAACGAUGUAUUUGAAAAUUAAACUUAGAAUAAUCAAUUGUAUUUUACUUCUGAGUACUUGUGUUUCAAGUGAAGACACAUUUCCCAACGAAUUUAAAUUCGGCGUUGCAACUUCAGCUUAUCAAGUCGAAGGAGCUUGGAAUGAGGGAGGAAAGGGCGAAAGUAUCUGGGAUAGAUUGACGCACGGAAAACCCAAGAAAAUAAAAGACCGAUCCAACGCUGACGUUUCAUGCGAUUCUUACCACAAGGUCCUUGAGGACGUACAACUUUUAAAAGAAAUGGACGUCGAUUUCUACAAAUUCUCGAUAUCUUGGCCUCGAAUCCUCCCCAAUGGAUACACUAACAAGGUCAAUACAGAUGGUGUUAGAUAUUACAAUGAACUCAUUGACGAAUUAAUUGCGAAUGGUAUUAAACCAAUCGCCACAAUGUUUCACUGGGACUUACCUCAACUAUUACAAGAAAAAGGCGGAUGGAUGAAUGAAAAAUUAAUCGUUGCGUUUGAAGAGUACGCAAAUCUUUUAUUUUCUAUUUAUGGAAACAGAGUUAGAGAUUGGAUUACGUUUGAUGAUCCUGGUAAAUUUUGUUUUGACCCUUAUUUCGAUCAAGCUUCGUUUGCCGAUGGUCUGAAAGAGGAAGGAAACGUCGGUUAUCUUUGUGCUCACGCCAUUUUGAAAUCUCACGCAAGAGUUUACCGAUUAUACAACUUUAAUUAUAGAGAAAGACAACAUGGACGAGUUGGUAUUUCGUUUGGAUCCGCGUGGAAUGAACCUGGUAUUCGAGGCGAAGCCGAUAAAGAUUUAAGUGAAUUAGCGAUGGAGCUUGAGCUUGGAUGGUUUGCCAAUCCGAUUUUUUCAAGAAUUGGGGAUUAUCCAAAAAUGGCAUCUGAACAAUUAGAUUACUUCAGUCGACAAAUACAAACGUCUACGUUUAAAGUACCAGAAUUUGAAUCUGCAGAUGUUGAGCUUUUACGAGGAAGCGCUGAUUUCUUCGGACUGAGUCAUUAUACCACAAAAAUUUGUGACGUUAGCCUUCCAAAAAUGAGUGCUGAAGGAACUCCUUUGUUCGCACUUGAUUUUUGCGUCCAAAACGAGUCUUGGGAGAACGGAACUUCUUCAUGGCUUAAAGUUGUCCCCUGGGGAUUAAGAAGAUUAUUGAAUUGGAUCAAAAAAGAAUACGACAACCCGGAAGUUCUUAUAACAGCGAAUGGAUUCUCCGAUGUUGAGGAUGAAAAUGAUUGUCGCAGAGUCCAUUAUAUUAAUUCUUACUUGGAAAACAUUCUCGCAGCUAUACACAAAGAUAAGUGCAAUGUUUCUGCUUAUACAGUUUGGAGUUUUUUGGACAAUUUCCAAUGGUAUCAAGGAUAUACUGAAAAGUUUGGUCUUUAUAGCGUCGACUUUAAUUCUAUGGAAAGAACUAGAUCGCCGAGAUUAUCUUCAAUGGUGUACACGAAUAUCAUAAAACAACGCAGAAUCGAUUGGGAUUACAGCCCGGAGGGGUACAAAACGUGUAAAUGGGGCAUAAGUAAUAUGACUGCUCCUUGAAUUUUGAACCAUUUUAUUAUCAUUGUUAUCCAUUAUCUUUAUUCGUGUUUAUUUAUUAUUUGAAACAUUAAAUCAUUAA